AUGAGAAACCAAAUAGACCUGCUAGCCACUGUCACAGUUUUGGGAGUCCUGGAGCAAGCCUAUUUUGUGCUGCAGGUGAUCUAUGCCCGACGGAAGCACAAGAUCCCCCCUCCUGAGACAAGAGGUCACCCUGAAUUUGAGCGGAUCUUCAGAGCUCAGGUGAAUUGCUCAGAGUACUUCCCAAUCUUCCUUUCACUACUCUGGGUUGCUGGAAUCUUCUUCCAUCAAGGUGUGGCCGCGCUCUGCGGGCUGCUCUACCUCUACACCCGCUUCAAGUACUUCCAGGGAUACAGCGCGGCUGCACAGGAACGGUUGGGGCCUCUCUAUGCCAGUGCCCGGCUGCUCUGGCUGCUGCUGGGGCUGGCGGUGGCCGGGCUGCUGGCACAUUUCCUGCCAGGCACAGUGCGGCGUAGUUUAUUGUUUUGUUUUCCCUGCCAUACUCACAGCUCCAACCCCUUUGGGUUUGUUCCAUCUUCACCCUUGCUUCAUCCUCAGCUGUGGCCAGGACCGUUACCUGGGCAAAGGCAAGGCAGGCUUCGGCCCCUGGCCGGCUCAGUCCCAGCGUGCCUGCAGGGUCAGCUGGCAGGGCUCAAAGUGACCAAGCCUGCCCUGCUCUGUCCCCAAAGAAAGCCAAGACUUUGCCCUGUCCUGGGCUGA